GUAGAAACCAGGCUCUGUAAAGAGAUAAGAGCGCUUGGUUGAAACUCCUUAAUAGAUAGACUCCCUGCCGCUUUUAUUUAGGAGUAAAUACAGUUACCUUGUCACCGGGGGGGGAAAGACAUGUCAGCCAGCAGCCUUCUUGAACAGAGACCGAAAGGCCAAGCUAAUAAAGUGCAAAACGGACCUGUGACCCAAAAGGAUACUUUGAAUGACGACGAGUUUGAGCCUUACCUGAAUACUCAGGCUAGACAGAGCAAUGCCUAUACGGCCAUGUCGGAUUCCUACAUGCCCAGCUACUACAGCCCCUCCAUAGGAUUCUCCUACUCCCUGAAUGAGGCGGCAUGGUCCACAGGCGGGGACCCUCCUAUGCCUUACUUGGCCUCCUAUGGACAGUUGAGCAAUGGGGAACCCCACUACCUCCCGGACGCUAUGUUUGGCCAGCCAGGCCCCCUGGGGAGUAACCCAUUCCUCGGCCAGCAUGGCUUUAACUUUUUCCCCAGCGGCAUCGACUUCUCGGCUUGGGGCAACAGCAGCUCUCAGGGACAGUCGGGGACGCCGCAGAGCUCUGGCUACAGCAGCAGCUAUGCCUACCCACCCAGCUCACUCGGAGGUGCCAUGAUUGAUGGACAGUCCCCGUUUGCACCUGCUGCCAAUGAACCCAUCAACAAAGCACCUGGUAUGAACAGCCUUGACCAGGGUAUGGCGGGGCUAAAGAUUGGCGGGGCCGCCCCUGGUGGCAAUGGGGAAAUGGCUCCUAAAGUGGUUGGUUCUGGCUUACCCGGGGGUGGACCCCUCGGCCCCGUGUCAUCUGUUGGACCUACCAGCAUGCCUCCUGUGUCAAUUGCCCCCGUCAAGCCUGCCUCCUGGGCUGAUAUUGCCAGCAAACCAGCCAAGCCUCAACCGAAACUGAAAACCAAGGGUGGCAUGGUGGGUGUCAAUUUGCCGCCGCCUCCCAUCAAACACAACAUGGACAUUGGCACUUGGGACAACAAGGGCACCAUGCCUAAAGCUGCCACUCCACAGCAGGUGCCCUCUGUUCCCAGCAACGGACAGCCGCCCAAUCAGGCUUCCCCGCAGCCCGGGGCUACGGCUGCAGGGAACCCCCAAAUGCCCCUCAGCAAUGGACAGAUGGUUCCACCCGUUCCCCAGAUGGGGCAGCAUCAGCUUCCACCCACUGUUCAGCCGGGUUUGGCUCCGAUGCCCCAGGCUCCUUUGUCCCAGGGUCCUCCUCCACCACCAAGCCAACAGCAGCAGCCUUCUCAGCCCAAUCGCUGGGUACCUCCGCGGAACAGGGCCAAUGGAUUUGGGGACGCUGGCGGGGGUGGGGCGGGUCACUCGCCGCCCACUUCGUCUGGUGUCGGUGUGGUUCCUGGGGUUCCCUCCGAGCCGCAUCCUGUUCUAGAGAAGUUGCGCAUGGUAAACAAUUAUAACCCCAAGGACUUUGACUGGAACCUCAAACACGGCCGCGUUUUUAUUAUUAAGAGCUACUCUGAGGAUGACAUCCACCGCUCCAUCAAGUACAACAUUUGGUGCAGCACAGAGCACGGCAACAAAAGGCUGGACGCGGCCUACCGCUCGCUGGGUGGCAAAGGGCCGCUUUAUCUCCUGUUCAGCGUGAACGGAAGCGGUCACUUCUGUGGUGUCGCAGAGAUGCGUUCACCUGUGGACUACAACACGUCCGCCGGCGUGUGGUCACAGGACAAGUGGAAGGGCCGCUUCGACGUGCGCUGGCUCUUUGUUAAGGACGUUCCGAACAGUCAGCUGAGGCACAUUCGGCUGGAAAACAACGAGAACAAGCCAGUGACCAACUCUCGGGACACGCAGGAGGUCCCGCUGGACAAGGCCAGGCAGGUGUUAAAGAUCAUCGCCGGAUAUAAACACACCACUUCCAUCUUCGAUGACUUUACUCACUACGAGAAACGCCAGGAGGAGGAAGAGUGUGUGAAAAAGGUGGAGGUCCAAGGCAGUGAGCCAUAUCCCAGCAACCCAAGUAACAGAAGUCAUUACCGACUUCAGGAGCGCCAAGGACGAACCAAGUAACAGCUGGUGCUUUGGUCAAAGGACUGCUGUGGCCUCCCUCGAAGCUCUCUCCACCCCAUCCCAUCCAGAUCUAAGAAAUUUGACAUGGGGUGAAGAAUUAAAGAAAAA